CACUUUGAUACAAUUUAAGGCUGCCUGAGACAAAUCCAGCUCCUAGCAAAUAAUGCAGUGUCAGUUCCUGAGGAGGCACGAUUUCAUUCUCACCAAAACGUGACGGGUUCAUUCGCAUGGCAUUAGCACCUUACCGGAAAGCAGAAAUGCGCUAAAGCUAAGGUGAGGACUCCCGACUCCUGAGCGUCAGGACGGCGCGGGGAAGGCGGAAGGAGCCGAGUGCCCACGGAAGCGCUCGUCUCGCCUUCGGCAACCAUCGUCAGGGGGCGGGGCUCGCGUAGCGGCGCGUUCCGCGCGGGGCAUUGUGGGAAGGGCGGCCGGUGCAUUCGCGGCUGCCAUCUUUGCAACUCCUGGCGUUGCGGCCUUGUCUUUGGAGGCGGCUUUCGUGGCGGCCGUCGACCUAAGAGAGCGGUAUAAAGUCAGCUGGCUGACAGCUUUCCCUCCCCCGGCCUCGACAGCACGGCCAGCCGGGGUCCGGAGGCGGAAGCUAGGGCAGUGGGACGCGUGCAGGGCCCGAGGCCAGCGGUUAGUCACAGCGUCGCCCGGAAGGAUGGGCCGGUCUCGGAGCCGGAGCUCGUCCCGCUCCAAACACACGAAGAGCAGCAAACACAACAAGAAGCGGAGCCGGUCGCGGUCGCGGUCCCGGGACAAGGAGCGCGUGCGGAAGCGCUCCAAGUCGCGGGAGAGUAAACGGAACCGGCGGCGGGAGUCGCGGUCCCGCUCGCGCUCCACCAACACUGCCGUGUCCCGGCGCGAGCGGGACCGGGAGCGCGCCUCGUCCCCGCCCGACCGCAUCGACAUCUUCGGGCGCACGGUGAGCAAGCGCAGCAGCCUGGACGAGAAGCAGAAGCGAGAGGAGGAGGAGAAGAAAGCGGAGUUCGAGCGGCAGCGAAAAAUUCGACAGCAAGAAAUAGAAGAAAAACUCAUCGAGGAAGAAACAGCACGAAGAGUGGAAGAAUUAGUGGCAAAAAGGGUAGAGGAAGAAUUGGAGAAAAGGAAGGAUGAAAUUGAGCGAGAAGUUCUCCGAAGGGUGGAGGAAGCCAAGCGCAUCAUGGAAAAGCAGUUGCUCGAAGAACUCGAGCGACAGAGACAAGCUGAGCUUGCAGCACAAAAAGCCAGAGAGGAGGAAGAACGUGCAAAACGUGAGGAGCUAGAGCGAAUACUGGAAGAGAAUAACCGAAAAAUUGCAGAAGCACAAGCCAAACUGGCUGAAGAGCAGUUGAGAAUUGUUGAAGAACAAAGAAAGAUUCAUGAGGAAAGGAUGAAACUAGAACAAGAGCGACAACGUCAACAAAAAGAAGAACAAAAAAUUAUCCUGGGCAAGGGGAAGUCCAGGCCCAAACUGUCCUUCUCACUAAAAACCCAGGAUUAAAUUGCAAACUCUGAACUUUUUACAAAGAAAAAUGGAAAAACUUUGUAUGGUAGCUUCAUGUUGAAGUGGUUUUUUGUUUUUUUUGUUUUGUUUUGUUUUGUUUUUUUUGUUUUGUUUUGUUUUUUAAUUUGGAAAAUCUGGAAAAGUUAGCUUGUUCUAAUAGGGGCUAUGCUCUGCAUUCCUUUUCCCCCCCUUAACUUCCAUUAAGUCAGAUCCUUAUCAGAUCAUUAUUGUCUUCUAGAAAGUGAUCUAUUUUUCAUCUGUUUAGAUUCUGUAUUAGUGGUCUGAAGAAGAGCAGAUCACUUUGUAAACUGUGGAUGGUCUGAUAAGGUUUUUACUGACCCAUUGACUUCAGAGUUAUACUCUGUCUAUUACAUCAUAAUGCUGGUUUUGCUGACUUUUUGUUUUUUUAUAUAUUUAUAAAAAAAGAAAAAGUUGGAAAUUGCAUUGGAAGCUCCCAGGGUGUUACUGGACCUAUGUGGUGUAUUGUUAAACCAGUGUCCUUGUGAUACUGUUGCUCUUGGUGUUCCUGAUACAGGUAAGGAAACAGUUGGUCAGCUCUGCUACAAAAUAUAUAUACAGUUCAGUAUUGUCUCUGUUCAGUUUGUUUUUAUUUCAUUGACAAAAUCAAACCAGCAUUCCCCAUUGUGUAAAUAAAUGAUUUUGCUGAAUAAAGUAAAGUCUUAAAUUCA